AUGGGAUUAGCAGGCACUAAAGUAAAACAAAGAUUUGGAUUGGAUCCCAGGAAUACAAACUGGUCCAAUAAUAAUUCCCAGUUUGGACACCAGUAUUUGGAAAAAAUGGGAUGGAAGCCUGGCCAGGGGUUAGGGUUGGUUGAACAUGCGAUGACUACCCAUGUUAAAGUAUCGAUCAAAGAUGAUACACUUGGGCUUGGUGCAAAGUUGGCUAAGAAACUGAAAAAGGACGAUUUAGACGGAGAAUGUUCUGGUCUUGAUGUAUUUCAAAGGAUUUUGGGGAGGUUGAAUGGGAAGGAUGAUGACAUAAAUGAUGCAUUAGAUAGACAGAGAAAAGAUAAUAUAAUAAAUGGAAAAUGGGGUAUGCAUUUCAUAAAGGGAGAUACUCUUCAGAGUACCUGGGAUUCAGAGACUAAGAAAUUAAUUUCUUACUCUGGUAAGGAGAGUUUAAAGAGAAAGCAUAGUGACCUAGAAGAUGAAGACGAACCAAAACAUAAGAAGGAAAAGGUAGUCAAGUCAGAAAGCAAAGAAAAGAAAGAUAAAAAGAGCAAGAAGAAAGAGAAGACAGAUAAGAAGGAGAAGAAAGACAAAAACGAAAAGAAGCAUAAAAAAGAGAAGAAGGUAAAGAAAGAAAAGAAGGAAAGAAAAGACAAAGAAGGAAAGAAGAAAAGAAAAUCACUGGAAGAAACAUCAGACUCAUCUGAAAUGCUGCGUAGCGUAUCUCCAAUAUCGAGAACUCCGACGCCAAUAUCAACAAGGCUUGCUGUAAGAUCAAAAUGGAUAAAACAGAAACGAGCCUCCGUGAUGGAUGCAAAAGCAUUGAAUGAGAUCUUCAUGGUGGCAAGCUGA